AUGACUUUAUUUAAUGAUUGUUACAACAGCUCAAUGGUCAUGGUUCACAAGAUGGAUUAUGUGGACACCACGCACUGCCACGACUAUUAUAGGAGAGUUGAGUUGGACAUAGAGACCAUGUGGCCUAUUCACCUGGUGUGCGCUAAGGGUGUGAAGGGAGGUCACUGCAUCUGGCGCAGUGGCACCGCCCUCGUCAUUCGAGACGAUGGACAGUGGAAACUGCUUGGUCUUGGUGUCUACGGUCCUGGCUGCCAAUCCCCGUCCAGGUUCCUGGACUACGGCAUGUACCACUACUGGGUGCAGCGCAGUAUCUCCAGAAUUGGACAGCCUGCCAUCACCAGGAUAGCACCAAACCAUCUGAUAGUCCGGAGAACAACAACAAAUAUCCCAAGAUUCGGUCACUGCGACCCCGAGGAGCAAAGGAUGGAGAUCUUCUCGGACAGGACCACUGUCGUGCCACCUUACACAGAGUUCGGAGAGUUUGACCAAAUAGCUAAUGUUUAUUAUAAUGUGACGUUACUCCAUAACGUGGACUAUCACUGCAUAAUAAUCAAAGUUUGGCACGUGUUUAAAACUACUGCGACCCCUGUGAUGACGAUACAUCGUUUUAAAACGAAACCUGAAGAAAACACGACGAGAUCCGACAUACAUUAUUUCGUUGAUAUAAAGUCAAGACAGACCUGUACGUUUGAAGUGAUUGCUUACGGAGCUGCCGUUCAUCCAGAAGAGGAGAUUGAAUUGGAUUAUACAAUACCUACCUAA